AUGCAGCUCAAGAAUUCGAUGCUCCUACUCACGGCGCUGGCCGCUGGCUCUUCGGUCGCCCGUUUGCACGGCCACGAGCGCCGCCACCUCCACCAUGCGGGUGAGAAGCGCGAGGUCGGCGACACUGUCUACGCUACUAUAAACGGUGUCCUCGUCUCGUGGAUCAACGAGUGGUCCGGCGAGGCUAAGACCUCCGACGCUCCCGUCUCUCAGGCUACUCCCGUCAGCAACGCUGUGGCUGCCGCCGCCGCCGCUUCUACUCCGGAGCCCAGCUCUUCCCACUCCGACAGUUCUUCAUCCUCCGGCGUCUCCGCCGACUGGACCAACACCCCUGCCGAAGGCGAGUACUGCACUGACGGCUUCGGUGGCAGGACCGAACCCAGCGGCUCCGGUAUCUUCUACAAGGGCAACGUUGGUAAACCCUGGGGCAGCAACAUCAUCGAGGUCUCCCCCGAGAACGCCAAGAAGUACAAGCACGUCGCUCAGUUUGUUGGCAGCGACACUGACCCCUGGACCGUUGUCUUCUGGAACAAGAUCGGCCCCGAUGGUGGCCUUACUGGCUGGUACGGUAACUCCGCUCUGACCCUCCACCUCGAGGCCGGUGAGACCAAGUACGUGGCAUUCGACGAGAACUCCCAGGGUGCCUGGGGCGCCGCAAAGGGCGACGAGCUGCCCAAGGACCAGUUUGGUGGGUACUCUUGCACCUGGGGUGAGUUCGACUUUGACAGCAAAAUCAACCAGGGCUGGUCUGGCUGGGACGUGUCCGCCAUUCAGGCCGAGAAUGCCCACCAUGAGGUCCAGGGUAUGAAGAUCUGCAAUCACGCCGGCGAGCUCUGCUCCAUCAUCUCCCACGGUCUUUCCAAGGUCAUUGACGCCUACACUGCUGAUCUGGCCGGUGUCGAUGGCAUUGGUGGCAAGGUCGUCCCUGGCCCUACCCGUCUGGUCGUCAACCUCGACUACAAGGAGUAG